UGUGGUGCAUAUUAAUCCUCACAUUGGGCAUAUAUUGGUGCCACCACCAGCCGUUUCUAUCCAUCACUCACACUUACUUCUUGCACUAGGGAAACAAGAAGAAGAAGAAGAAGAAGAAGAAAAUGGAAACUUGCUUUCUCUCCUCCAACUCUUUUACCAAAACCAUUGAGCUUGUCCCCUCCAUCAAAGCUAGAGUAUUCUCCUACCCCAAGAGAAGCCCUCCUCUGUUUCAUUCCAAAAGAGUUGCUCUUUCAUCUUCUAUAACAUGUUGUCAUUUAUCAUCGUCGUCGUCAUCGGCCGGUGAUGAAAGUCAGCCUUACCUUGAAGCUGACUGGCGGUCAUUCAGAGCAAGAUUAGUGGCCAACGAGCAAGCAUUUAGGUCCAGGAUUGAGCCUUCAUCAAUGGUGGAUCCUGAUACUGUUGUGGAAACAGAUUAUCCUCCGCAAGUCAACAUUGGGGAAAAAUGGGCCCAUCCUAUCCAUGAACCCGAAAAGGGCUGUCUACUAAUAGCCACAGAAAAGCUUGAUGGAGUCCACAUCUUCGAACGAACGGUGAUCCUUCUAUUAUCAACGGGGCUAGUGGGUCCAUAUGGGAUCAUACUAAAUAGACCAUCGCUUAUGUCCAUCAAGGAGAUGAGAUCAAGGGUGCUAGAUGCUUCUGGGACGUUCUCUGAUAGGCCAUUAUUUUUUGGUGGGCCAUUGGUGGAAGGGUUAUUUUUGGUGAGCCCUAAAGUGGGGUAUGAUGAUGAUAGGGUGGCCAAGAGUGGGGUUUUUGAGCAAGUAAUGAAGGGAUUAUACUAUGGGACUAAAGAGAGUGCUGGUUGUGCAGGUGAAAUGGUGAAGAGAAAUGUGGUUGGAAUUGGGGAUUUUAGGUUUUUUGAUGGGUAUUGUGGGUGGGAAAAGUGGCAAUUGAGAGAAGAAAUCAAUGCUGGUUAUUGGACAGUUGCAGCUUGUAGUCCAAGUGUAGUUGGGCUUCAAAAUGAACCCACUCAUGGACUCUGGGAAGAGAUCCUUGGCCUCAUGGGCCCAAAAAAAGUUUGGUGACACCAUAUGUUGUAUAGGUCAGGGCUGAAAGAGGAGAUUGUAAAUAGUGUUCUCAAUUUCUCACACCCAUAACUGUUAGAAAAAGAGCAUGAGAUAUAAUUGUAAUGUCACUUGUUAUGUUAAUAACAUCUCUAUUUCUUGGCUUUAA